UAUUGAAUAUUGCGCUUUCGGUUUAAUCAUAAGAUUUGUCUCAGUAUGGUACGCUCUUGCUGUGUUGUCAAAUGUUCAAAUCGUGAUGAUACGAAAGGAAAACAGAAAGGUCUACACUUUUUCAGAUUUCUCAAAGUCAGUCGAAAGCGUCGUGCUUGGAUAAAGGCAAUAAACAGAGAUGAUUUUGUGCCCAAUGAACACACCUGUGUGUGCUCAGAGCAUUUUGUGACUGGGUGGCACAGCGAGGACCCUGAAGAUGUGGAUUAUGCUCCAACUAUUUUUUCAUACAAAAUGAAGACAGUUAAUCCAGAGAGAGAAGAGAGAUUAGCCAGAAGAAAUUUAAAAAAAAUUAAGAAUUUCAUGUGUCAGUACAGAGAGAGCAGGAGCAAGAGAAGAAAAGUCUGGACUUUUCUUUAUUUGUACAUUCUUACUGCAAAGAUAAGGAAGAGGAGGAAUGUUUUCAUGUAG